AUGACGGCCACAAAGUACGACCAUAUUAUCCAGCUGCCGAAGACUGCUCAGGUCGAUUCCGCGGUAGACGCCCGAAAGGUGGCACAAAAAUGGCUAAACAAUAUUCAAGACAUCUUCGCUACUGGAGACUUCUCCCGGGUGGUUGAAAUCCUUCACGAAGACUCAUGGUGGCGGGACAUCAUUACUCUGCAAUGGGACUUUCGCACUAUUCGAGGUCGGGGGCCAAUCGAAGGAUUCCUCCGCCAGAACCAGCAGUUAGGUCCUCUGUCGUCGUUUCGCCUCCAGGAAACAGGCAACUUCCAACCGAAGCUGGAAGUUGUUAAAAAAGAUUCGAGUCUUUCCUGGAUUUCUUCGCUUUUCCAUUUUGAGACACGCAUUGGAAAGGGAUCCGGUGUCCUGAGAUUGAUUCAAGAUAAAUCUGGUGUCUGGAAAGCAUAUGCGGUUUACGUCACUCUUCAAGAGCUCAAAGGAUCGGAGGAGCCACUGGGUGAAAGACGUCCGUACGGAACCAUUGAUUCAAUGCCCGGUGGUUUCUCUCAGGGAACAUGGACGGAGCGGCGGGAAAGAAAGCUCAACUUUGUUGACGAGGAGCCCCAGGUACUUGUCAUUGGCGCUGGUCAAUCCGGGCUGAACGUUGGCGCUAGGUUACAGUCCCUUGGGAUGUCCUGCUUGAUAGUCGACAAAAACGACAGAGUUGGGGAUAACUGGAGAAAUCGUUACAACACUCUUGUGACGCACGACCCAGCCGAGUUUACCCAUAUGGCAUACCUUCCCUUUCCCAAGAACUGGCCCCAGUUCACACCCAAAGACAAGCUGGGCGAUUGGUUUGAGGCCUAUGCAUCAUUGAUGGAACUCAAUGUGUGGACUAAAACAACAAUAAGUAGUGCGAGCUACGAUGAUCCAAAAGCAGAGUGGACCGUGGAUCUCGUACGUGAUGGAAAACCUCGAACAAUUCGUCCGCAUCACGUCGUCUUCUGCACGGGACAUGCAGGAGAACCCUUGAUUCCUUCUUUCCCUGGUCAACAUGAGUUCAAGGGUGAGGUCUACCAUGGAAGCCAGCAUCGAGAUGCGUCUGAAUAUGACGUGAAGGGAAAAAAGGUCAUUGUAGUCGGUACAGGUAAUAGCGGCCACGAUAUUGCAGAGAAUUUUUAUCGCAAUGGUGCCGAGGUGACCAUGCUGCAACGAAGGCCCACAUAUGUCCUAACUCUUGAUAAAGGAGUUUUUAUUCUCCAUGAGGGCAUGCACUGUGAAAAUGGACCUCCAACCGAGCAAAGCGACAUUGUUGCAGAGAGUUUGCCCUACCCGGUACAGUUCGCUUUGUGCAUCGACAUGACGAAGCGUAUUGCUGAAGAGGAGAAAGAAACAAUUGAAGGACUUCAGCGAGCUGGCUUUCAGAUUGAAUGGGGUAUUGAUGGAUCUGGAAUUGCUCGCCUCUACUACACUCGCGGCGGUGGCUACUACAUUGAUGUGGGGUGCAGCCAACUCAUCAUUGACGGCAAGAUCAAAGUCCAUCAAAGCCCCGAUGGUAUUUCAGGCUUCACGCCUGAUUCCUUGGUGCUGAAAGAUGGGACCCAUCUGAAUGCCGACAUCGUGGUUCUGGCAACUGGUUACGACAACAUGAGGACCACGUUGCGGAAGGUUAUGGGCGAUAAAGUGGCCGAUCGAUGUCACGAUGUGUGGGAUUUGGACCAAGAAGGAGAAUUGAAUGCGAUGUGGCGACAAAGUGGCCAUCCCAAUUUCUGGUACAUGGGCGGCAACCUCGCUAUAUGCCGCAUCUACUCCAGACACGUAGCCUUGCAGAUAAAGGCCACAGAAGAGGGACUCCGGCCGGCGUCAAUUCCAAAUUAG